CCGCCCGCGCCGGCCCCAGGCAGCACUCGCGAGCAGCGGCGGCCGCGGCCGGCGGCCGAGAGGGGAGAAUGCGGCGGCGCUCGCGGAUGCUGCUCUGCUUCGCCUUCCUGUGGGUGCUGGGCAUCGCCUACUACAUGUACUCGGGGGGCGGCUCCGCGCUGGCCGCGGGCGCGGGCGGCGGCGCCGGCAGGAAGGAGGACUGGAAUGAAAUUGACCCAAUUAAAAAGAAAGACCUUCAUCACAGCAACGGGGAUGAGAAAGCACAAAGCAUGGAGACCCUCCCUCCAGGAAAAGUGCGGUGGCGAGACUUUAAUCAGGAAGCCUACGUCGGAGGGACGAUGGUCCGCUCUGGGCAGGACCCCUAUGCCCGCAACAAAUUCAACCAAGUGGAAAGUGAUAAGCUGCGGAUGGACAGAGCCAUACCCGACACCAGACAUGACCAGUGUCAGCGGAAGCAGUGGCGAGUGGACCUGCCAGCCACCAGCGUGGUGAUCACGUUCCACAAUGAAGCCAGGUCGGCCCUGUUGAGGACAGUGGUCAGUGUGCUUAAGAAAAGCCCACCCCAUCUCAUAAAAGAGAUCAUCUUGGUGGAUGACUACAGCAAUGACCCUGAGGAUGGGGCUCUCUUGGGAAAAAUUGAGAAGGUACGGGUUCUCAGAAAUGAUCGGCGAGAAGGCCUGAUGCGCUCGCGGGUCCGGGGGGCUGAUGCAGCCCAGGCCAAGGUCCUGACGUUCCUGGACAGCCACUGUGAAUGCAACGAGCACUGGCUGGAGCCCCUCCUGGAGAGGGUGGCUGAGGACAGGACUCGGGUCGUGUCCCCUAUCAUCGAUGUCAUUAAUAUGGACAACUUUCAGUAUGUGGGGGCAUCCGCAGACUUGAAAGGCGGUUUUGACUGGAACUUGGUCUUCAAAUGGGAUUAUAUGACCCCUGAGCAGAGAAGAUCCCGGCAGGGGAACCCAGUUGCCCCCAUAAAAACCCCUAUGAUUGCUGGUGGACUAUUCGUGAUGGACAAGCUCUACUUUGAAGAACUGGGGAAGUAUGACAUGAUGAUGGACGUGUGGGGAGGAGAAAACCUGGAGAUCUCAUUCCGAGUGUGGCAGUGCGGUGGCAGCCUGGAGAUUGUCCCCUGCAGCCGCGUGGGACAUGUGUUCCGGAAGCAGCACCCCUACACUUUCCCUGGGGGCAGCGGCACUGUCUUUGCCCGUAACACCCGCCGGGCAGCAGAGGUCUGGAUGGAUGAAUACAAAAAUUUCUAUUACGCAGCGGUGCCUUCUGCCAGAAAUGUUCCUUAUGGAAAUAUUCAGAGCCGAUUGGAGCUUAGGAAGAAACUUAGCUGCAAGCCUUUCAAGUGGUACCUGGAAAAUGUCUACCCAGAACUAAGGGUCCCUGACCACCAGGAUAUAGCUUUUGGGGCCUUGCAGCAGGGAACCAACUGCCUGGACACUUUGGGACAUUUUGCUGAUGGUGUCGUUGGAGUCUAUGAGUGUCACAAUGCAGGGGGCAACCAGGAAUGGGCCUUGACAAAGGAGAAGUCGGUGAAGCACAUGGACUUGUGCCUGACGGUGGUGGACCGGGCGCCCGGCUCAGUCAUAAAGCUGCAGGGCUGCCGAGAGAAUGACACCAGACAGAAAUGGGAGCAGAUCGAGGGCAACUCCAAGCUGCGGCACGUGGGCAGCAACCUGUGCCUGGACAGCCGCGCGGCCAAGAACGGGGGCCUGAGCGUGGAGGUGUGCGGCCCCGCCCUGUCCCAGCAGUGGAAGUUCACGCUCAACCUGCAGCCCUAGGAGCGCCCCGAGGCCGAGCUGGCCCGGCGCCCACAGCAGCAGGCCGAGUGGGGUGAUCACCUUAUUGAUUAUGUUUCUUGAACUUUCUGCGAAACUAUAUACCUCAGUAUUCCAUCAUGGUCUGAAAGUCGGAGAACUUGCACGAGGCCCAGGGCCCGGGUGGACACCGCGCUCCUCGUCCCGUGGGAGGCAGCGAGGGCCGCCGCCGCCGCCACCGAAGCCCCAGCGAUCCCUGGGAGGGCCCGAGGAGCCGCCGAACACGAACACGUACCGGCGGGGGCAGGGGGGCAGGGGCGGGGAGGGGGCAGGGAGUGUAGUUGCGACGUCACCGCGAGGAGAACUCUUGAAAUCUCCAUUUUCGAUCCCAUCGAAAUCCCAUCUGGUUUCCACGACGCCGAACCGUGUCAUUUUGCAGAUUUCUGUUCUUCCCCCGUCCCGCUCCUCCGUCCCCGCUGUCUUCCCAGCACAGCCCCCUCUUCCACGUGAUGUACUUGCUCUGUUUGAAUAUGAACUUUUCUAUGGUGGGACACUAAGUAUAAAUAUAUAUAAGGAAAGAAUGUACGGUCAGUUCCUUAUGGUUUCUGUAGGUUGUCCUCAUCGUGUCAGUUCCCCACAAAGCAGUUCACAGCCGGAAGGACGGGGACCGGGCCCUCCCCCGGGGAGGAGGUGGCCUCGUGGCCCCUGGGAGCCCCAUCAGUGAGCAGGUGCUGCGGGGGCCCCUGGGGGCUUCAGCUUGGGAGUCGCUGCUAAGUGUCGGAAUCCAUUGUUGUGCCCUCAGUAUCUGUAAACCUGGAUGGGUUACUUAUUUUGACAAACAUUACUUUGGGUCUUUUAAAAUUAGAUUUUUUUUCUCUUAGGGAAAAAGCAAAAAAACAAGAACCCAGCCCCACAGCUUCCAAUAGGUGAGGGUAGGAAGCUGUCCUAGACGGGCAUCGGGCUAAUCGUGAGUGUCCCAUGAGCUGGCAAGACGGCCUGAAUCUGGCCUGCCCACACUGUCCCUCCCAGACCUGUGUGCCUGCUUUUGGUCAUGGGGCCCCGGAGUUAGGAGAGGGGGACACCAGACGAUGCCUAAUCAGUUGACGUGGAGGAUUCCAGGCACAAAACAGGAGGCUUGUGCUUUAGGAAGCAGGGGUCCGUAUAAACCACAAGACAGUUAGGAACUAAAAGCUGUAGCAGGAAGGGAUGCCCAGGAAGGUGCCUGCAGAGCCCCCUUGGCCCCCUACAGAAUGGCUCCCUCCUGCCUUCUCCCCUCACUGCCUUCACCCACCCCUCCCGCACGUAUGCCCAGCAUCAGAGAGGCCACCCCGGGACCACCCACAGCUGCUGCGUGGUGGGGCAUGCGUCAGACAUGCACAUCCUCAGGCCCCUCUGGGGAGGGCCUGGAGGUCACAGAGUGAGAAGUGGCCCUAGAAGAUUCUGCUGGGUUGACACUCUGCAAAGUGCCACUCUCUUCCCUGUCCCUUUCUUCUAGGAAAGGGGACACUAUUGGUCUUUCUUCCUCCACUGCAAAAGCCCCAUGUGUUUGCCCUGGGACACUGGGCUUAGGUACAGAGGCGUGGCUGGGCCACCAUCCUGCGUCUUCCUGCCCUCUGUCAAGCAACCAGAUGUGCUCACAAUGCACAGGGAAGCCACAGAUGGCUGACCUCUGCACUGUCUUCAGAGGCUGUCGGGACUGCAGGUAGGCCCUUGGGGACAGCGCCAGCUCCCUGUGCGAGGCUGCUGAGGGCAGGUGGGACGGGAACCAGUCUCGGUACUGGUGAUUCUGCCCCAGCACCUGGGUUCCAUCAUCGGACCCUGUCACCUGUGAGCUCCUGCAGGCAUUAGCAAAAAAUACCCGUUGCUAGCAAACAAAUCUGGCUUUGAUGUAAAACCAAUUCGAGUCAGGUUGUUGAUGAAUCCUUCCCCCACACGCCCCCACCCCACCCAGAACUCUCACCGAGCUUGUACCAUCAGGAUCCCCCCACCCCCCCUGUUCUGGGGCUGUUCCCCGUCCCUGAGCGGGUGGGGGUGGCAGAGGUGGCCGGCCGUGCGGGCCUCGUGAGUAGAGGUGGGCCGGGAGGGCUCCCUGGAGGUGGGCUAUGUUUACAAGACAACAGUGUGCCAAAGUGACUUACUGUGGUUGCAUUAUUUCUUAGUCAUCGGGACGAUCCCACCCUCUCACUCCCGUUUUUACAAAUACAGAUUCUUUCCCAAGAGCCCUUUGAGCAAAGCGUGGCGAAGUCAGUCCUCUUCUCUCUGAUGGUCUUUCUUAUGUCUUCAUAAAAGCUAAAAUGAUGGUAUCUGUGAGUAUGUUUUGCAAAUUCAAAAUAUAGUUUGGUAAUUUUUUUUCCAGUUGAUUUUUAAAAAAGAACUGCUGUACAGAGCUUGUACUUUGUCCAUUUUAUAGAUGGAAACCAUCCUUGAAAAUUGUUUAACUUAAAUAAAGAGAAGAUACUUUAUAGAUAA